AUGGUAUCAAGCAGGUCCAUGGAAAGGAACGGAAACCACUCUUCUGUGACCAUGUUUAUUCUUCAGGGUCUCUCAGAAGACAAAGACCUGCAGCUUAUUCUCUUUCCAGUCUUCCUAGGAGUCUACCUUGUGACCCUUGUCUGGAACCUAGUUCUCAUCCUCCUAAUCAGGAUGGACUCCCACCUGCACGUACCCAUGUACUUUUUUCUCAGUGUCCUGUCAUUUAUAGACAUCUGCUAUUCUUCUUCAAUCAGCCCAAGGAUGCUUUCAGACCUUCUGAGAAAGGAAAAAACUAUUUCUUUUGUGGCCUGUGCUACUCAGUAUUUCGUUACAGCCUGGAUGGGUUUGAGUGAGUGCUGCCUCUUGGCUGUCAUGGGCUGUGACAGAUAUGUUGCCAUUGGUCACCCUCUGCAGUACUCAGUCAUCAUGGCUCCUGAUCUCUGUGGGAAGUUGGUUGCUGGGGCAUUUGUAGGCGGUUUCCUUAGUAGUAUAUUUCACACAGUCCCUUGCUUCAGUCUUUACUACUGUGGACCAAAUAUCAUCCAACAUUUCUUCUGUGAUUUGCCCCAGGUUCUGUCCUUGGCUUGCUCCAAUACUUUCAUCAGCCAAAUGACUCUUCUUCUGGUAGCUAUUUUCAUUGCCUUUGGGUCUUUGCUUGUGAUUCUCUUUUCCUAUGGUUUCAUUGCUGCUGCUAUCCUGAAGAUGUCCUCAGGCAAAGGUAGUUCCAAGGCCUUCAGUACCUGUGCCUCCCACCUGACGGCUGUGACUCUGUACUACAGCACAGCUCUCUCUGUGUACGUGCAACCCAACUCUAGUCAUUCCAUGAAUAAAGACAAGACGUUGUCAGUUUUCUAUGCCAUAGUCAUCCCCAUGUUAAACCCUCUGAUCUAUAGUCUGAGGAAUAAGGAGAUCAAAGCGGGCCUCAAGAGGCUUAUAAAGAGAGCAACAAGCUCAGUUUCGUGA